CAUUUUCAAUCUACUCAGCUUUAUAAUUUUUCCUCAUAGUCAAUUUUCCCCAUUCACUCACAAUAAUAUAAUCAUCCAUCCCAAUUAUUGAUGAUUUUUUCAUAUCUAAUGUACUUUGCUGCAGAUGGAUCUUCCAUAUAAAUAAAGCUUUCUGUGGUGGGUUUGAAUAAUAGUAGUUGUUUGAUUAGUUGGAGUUCUGAACUGGAAAAACAACCCAAAGAUUAAAAAGAUAUGGGCGGCAGGAAAUGCUCACAUUGUGGAAAUAUUGGACACAAUUCAAGAACUUGUCAUCAUAGCAGAGGAAGGAGUUGUAGGAACAAUGCUGCUGCAAGUAUGAAGCUUUUUGGGUUCCAUUUACCUCAUUCAAUAUCAUCCUCCUCCUCCUCCUCUUCUUCUUCUUCUUCUUCUUCUUCUUCUUCUUCUUCCAGUACUGAAAUUCCUAUCAAGAAAAGCUUCAGCCUGGAUUGCCUUUCGGAUUCAGGGCCACCCUUUAAGCUGUCUUCGUCGCCAUCAUUGUCUUUGAUCAGUUCUCACAAUCAAUUUUUCACUGAUCAUGAUCAUCAACCUCCUGUUGUUAAACUUCCUAAUGGAUACCUCUCUGAUGCUCUAAUCAUUCCAAGAUCCCAAGAGAAAAAGAAAAGUGUGCCAUGGAGUGAAGAGGAGCACAGGAUAUUCCUAAUAGGCCUGGAGAAACUCGGAAAAGGCGACUGGAGAGGUAUAUCUAAAAACUUUGUCACAUCAAGAACUCCAACACAAGUAGCCAGUCAUGCACAGAAGUAUUUUCUUCGACAGAAGAAUAGCCUGCAUCGCAGCAAGACAACCCGUCGGCCUAGUCUUUUCGACAUGGUGGAAAAUGAUAGAUGUGCUGUUGUCCUCCAAUCUGCCUGCAAACCUCACUCUUUAUCAAAUGAAUUAUCAUCUGAUAAGGGAUUGUUAUUGCCAAAGCCAAAUACUUCAGUACCAGUGAUAAAUAUCACUUCAUCUAGCUUUGGUGGUUCUUCAUCAAGUGAUUCAAGAAAUACUAGCCCUGAUCAGAAUCAUCCACGACUUUCGAGUUCUUUGACUUCACUGUCACCUGAUCUGGAGCUCACUCUUGCAGUUCCUCAGCCACUGAUCAGUCAAAGCAAAACAUCUGCUGCUGCAUCCUGUUUGCUCGCGGGGACGAUAACCGUGGUAUAAUCAUUAGACUACCUAAUAAUUAACACCAAUUACUAUUAUAUAUAUAUAUACACUCUGCUAUCAUUGUAACUGUGAAUCAAUCUUGUAAUGGUUAAUACUAGUACAAAUUGUUUUAAGACUAUUAGUAAUAGUAUGAGUUGUGUGUUUUUUGUUGUGAAAUCCUGACUUGAAGCAGGUGAAUGAAUCACUAUGUAUUAUAGGCCUUGACAAAGGCUGCUCCAUUCCUAUGUAUAGAUUAAGUCUACAAAUAAUGUUCCUAAUUAUGGAAGAUGGUAAACCAGCAAACCAACC